GUCGGGGUUUUUUUAUCUGUGCUUUGUUUUAGUUAAUUAUGCUACCGCGUAUUUGUAAUACCUGCCGAUCUUACAUAACUGCGAGUGGAAAUGAAGUUAAAGGAUUAAUAAAGUCUCCGCUGUCCGUCCCAGGGAUUAGCGGACGUUACGCUCAAGCUCUUUACUCUGCUGGUUACAAAAAAAAGAAUCUCGAGAUUCUUGAAAAAGAUUUUGAAGAAAUAAACCUUUUAAUGGCAGAAGUCCCUCAAAUUAAAAUUAUUAUUAAUGAUAAAAGUUUUAAAAAAGAUGAUAAAACUAUUAUACUUCGAAAAAUUUUAGAAAAAGGAAAAUUCGACAAGUUGAUUUGCAAUCUUUUCGAACUUUUGGUUGAAAAUAAUCGGCUAAGCGAAUUAGAAUCGAUUAUGAAAAGCUUUUCACGAAUCAUGAGUGCUCAUCGUAAGGAAGUUAUGUGCACUGUCACUACUGCAUCGCCACUAAAUGAAAAGGAUAAAAAAAAGUUAACAGAAAAUUUAAAAAAAAACUUAAAAUCAGGAGAAAAGUUAAUUUUACAGACAGUAAUUAACAGCGAUAUUAUUGGAGGCCUUAUAGUAGAAAUGUCUGAUAAACGAUUGGACAUGUCCAUCGCUACUCGAAUAAAAGAGAUUGCGAAUUCUCUUCGCACUUUAAUUUAA